AUGGCGUCUGGGUGGGGGAUAACAGGGAACAAGGGAAGGUGCUACGACUUCUGGAUGGAUUUCAGCGAGUGUAUGUCUGGUUGUAGAGAACCCAAAGACUGCUCUCUUCUCCGUGAAGACUAUCUCGAGUGUCUUCACCACUCUAAAGAGGUUAAAUCUCCUUAAUUUGAAUCCAAUCGAUAUAUUUUUCA